GCCCAUGAAGAAGAAGAGGGGGGUCUGACAUGGUUUGGGGGGGAGGGGAAGGAUUUAUAUGCCUGUAAGUCGCCCCAAUUUCGACUUCGUCUCGGAUUUAGCGAAGUAGGUAGCUUCUACCGCACUACCUUCGACCAUUAAUUCCACGGGCGAUCGAUCAUGCACUUACACGCAGCGACCACGAUCACGGCCGCGUGGCUUCUCGUCAGCCAGACGGUGGUGGUGAUAGUGGUAAUGGCGCAGGGCAUCGGCAGCGCGGAGACGCACCCGCAGCUCACGACGGAGAAGUGCACUAAGCGGGGCGGCUGCGUCAAGCAAAACACGUCCGUCGUCCUGGACGCGAGCUUCCACGCCUUGCGGCAGGUCGACGGGACUGCUAGCUGCGGGGGCUACGGCGGCGGCGCGUUCAACAAAUCGCUGUGUCCGGACGCGUCGGCGUGCGCGAAGAACUGCGUGCUCGACGGCGCGGACUACGCGGGCAACGGGGUGCUCGCGGGCGGGAGCGUCCUGACGCUGAAUAUGUACGGGGAGAGCCGCGACGGCAGCGGCAAGCUGGCGACGCUGACGCCACGGGUGUACCUGCUGGACGCGGAGGGGGACGACUACGAGAUCCUGCGCCUGAAGAACCAGGAGAUCAGUUUUGACGUGGACGUCUCGAAGCUCGUCUGCGGCAUGAACGGCGCCAUGUACCUCGCCGAGAUGAACCGCACCGGGGCCCGCGGCGCGCUGAACCCGGCGGGCGCGAGGUACGGGACUGGGUACUGCGACGCGCAGUGCCCGAGGCUGCCGUUUAUCAACGGGGUGGCUAACAUGGACGCGGACGGGGCGUGCUGCAACGAGAUGGACAUCUGGGAAGCGAACUCGCUGGCGUCUGCGUUCACGGCGCACGCGUGCAGCGAGCCGGGGGUGUACGCGUGCAAGGGGGACGUGCUGUGCGGGACGCUGGGGGUGUGCGACAAGUCCGGGUGCGCGUACAACACGUGGCGGAUGGGUAACACGACGUACUACGGGCCGCGGUCGCCCCCGCCCGGGUCGACGUAUAAUCCCGACCGGACGCGGUUCACCGUCGACACCUCGCGCCCGUUCACGGUCACGACGCAGUUCCUCACGCAGGGGAACCCGGCGGAUAUUACGAAGGGCAUCUUGAACGAGGUCAGGAGGCUGUAUGUGCAGGACGGCGUGGUGAUUGAGAACGCGCCGGUGGUAGCGCGGAAUAUGCCACCGGGGGACUCGCUGCGCAUGUCCCACUGCCAGGCCGUGGCGGACAACUUCGAGAACAUGGGCGGGCUGACGAACACGGGGCAAGCGCUGGACCGGGGCAUGGUGCUCGCGUUCAGCAUCUGGAACGACGACAAGCAGUUCAUGAACUGGCUGGACGCGGGGAACGCCGGGCCGUGCACGUACGAAGAGGGCAGCCCGGAGAUCAUCCGCAGCAAGAGGCCGGAUACGAGCGUCACGUUUAUGAAUAUCAGAUGGGGAGAUCUGGGGAGUACUUAUACUUAUAAUAGUGGCACGGCGUCGUGAGGGUUAUCUGCUGUUGCUAUUAUUAUAGGAGACUAGGUACCUUAGGUACUUAGUUGAUAGGAUAUUACAAAUGAAGAAAUUAAAGAAUUAUUUGUUAUAGGUAAUUAUCGAACUUCUUAACAUCUCGAGGGAGUUGAAAAGGUCAAGUGAAUGAUGAGACUGCUCGGCACUAGAUGAGAUCAGAUAUAUUACCUAUUUACUUCAUACUUGCUGUACAGUCAUAUAAGCC